AUGUUAUAUGUCGCCAGUGUUAUCAUUAAAACUAAAGCGAUCAACGAUAAUUUUUAUCUAAAAAGAUUUGUAGAUCUUCUUGGUAAAAUGGCUGGUGAUGUAAAGAAAGAAAUGUAUUUUCUCGAUCAAGAUCGACCUACAGUAACAACAUAUGAUGAAAAAACUCGUAAAUUUAUUACGAGUAAAACAGUGAAUAUACAUGAACAAUUAUCAGCGAAUAAAUUAUUUUCUCCCGUAUUAAUUCAAUCAGCGUCGUCAUGUGCAUCAUCAAUCGAACAGACAACACAUACAUCUAAUUAUCAUCAAAACCAGCUGAAUUCUAUUGAUGAUGAUGAUAUUAGUGAAGAACUUCGAUCACUUACUGAACAACUUCUACCAGAUUUAUGUACACUUGAUGGUGAACAAUUUCGUUUGACAAAUGGUACGAAAUUCUAUUGCACAAUAAAAGAUAUUUUAACAAGUGAAGGUGAAUUUUGGGUUGAACGUGAAUUAUCGAUUGAAAAUGAACGAAAAUUUCGUCAAUUUAUCGAUAUACUUUCAUUAAUUGCUGUUAGUUAUGAAUCAUUAAAACAAGUUUAUGUUGGUCAAUUAGUAGCAUUAUAUUAUGAAGCAUCAUGGCAUCGAGCAUUAGUUGUUUCGAAAAGUGAAGGACCAACAAUAAGUACACCACCAAGUGCUCGUGUUCGACUUGUUGAUUAUGGUGCAUCAUUAUAUGUUAAUGUUUCACAAUUGAAAUGGUUACCUGAACAAUUUUAUUUAUUUCCUUUCAAAGCAGUUGAAUGUGUUUUUAGUGAAGCAAUAAAACCGACAUUUUCCGAUACAAUUCGUCUUACAUUCAAACAACUUGUUUUAAAUAAACGUUUAUAUGCUACUAUUUAUGAUAGAGAUGGUACACGUAUUUGUAUCUUAUUAAAAUGUAAAACUGAUGAAGGAAUUAUAAAUGUUUAUCGAUAUUUACGUGCACAUGAACAUAAAUCAAAACAUGGUCGAAUGUUAGCCGAUGGAGAAAUUAUAGCAUGUUUACGUAAUACGAUUCUUAAUAAUAACAGUUAUCUUGAUCAAUCAGCAAUGUCAAAUAAAACAUAUAGUGGAACAUUACCAGUUUUAACACCACCAUCAUCAAUUAAACUCACGCAAAAUCAACUGCAAAUAAGACGAGCUGAAAUUAAUGAAAUUUGUAAAAAAUCAUACAACGAAAAUCAGAUUGAAGCGAUGAAUGGCAUAAAAACCGAUAAGAAAUCAUAUUUAUCAUCAGCACAAAGUACACCAUUUUCUUCUAGUACAGUUAUCACACCAAUGCCACGUCUUACAUUCGAUCUGUAA